UAGGCCACCACUAACAGAAAUAAAACUACAAAAAACAAUCAAAACAAGCUUCCAACUUAAUCGCACCGCGAAUAUGCAACCGCACCGCCCUCCGCCCCUGUGAUCGUGUGUAGUGUGCAUCCAUGGCCACGCCCCCGCCCUCGCCCCCGUUGGCGACAGGCGCGGCAGAGAGCGCUGUGGACGCAGCAGCGGAAGACGCAACAGCGGCGCAUCCGCAGCAAAGGCAGCGCCUGCAGCAACAGCAGCUGGCCAGGAAUUCGCUUCUCGCGGACUUGCGGAGAUCGACGAAUUUCUGGUUCCGUGCGGCCAAGUCCAAGGACAGCCUCCAGCUGCUGGCCCAGAGCUGCACCCGGAUUCUGCAACAUGGCCUGUUGCAGCCCGUGGAACUCCAGCGACUGGCGGACGACUUUGAGUUUCUGCUGGCGAGUGCGGGAAAGCAGCAACUGCAGUCGCAGGCCAGGCCCGCCCCUUAUCGUCCGGCUUGCGCCAGAGGCAGUGCGUCAUCGGCGGCGGUCGGAGUGGAGGAGUUCCUCAGCGAGUGGACGACCCGCUGCCUGCGCGCCCGCUGCCUCUCGCAGUGCCUCCAGACGCUCGUCUCCGAUCCGGAACUGAUGGAGCUCUACUACCCCAGCGAGGAGGCCUUUCUGCGAUGGUCCAGUGACGCCACUGCCCUGUUCGUUUGUCUCACGGCGGUCCAGCUCAACCAGAGCGGCCUGCUGGGCCAGCUCGAGGUCAGACAUCAGCUGCGCCAUCGACGCACUUGCUCGCAGCCGAACUUCAGCAUCUCGCCCAAGCUGCAAGUGGUGCCGGAGGAGAGGCUACAGAAACGUAGUUUCCUUAGACGUCUCAAGAGUUUGCCAAAUCUCAGUCAGGAGGUCGAGGAGUUGGACGACAGGACGUCGUUCAGACGGCGCUGCCAAACGUUCAGCAGCUCGAGGAGCGCCAAGCUGAGGGAAGACCAACUGGACGCCCCAUCCACCAGUUCCUGUUCGUCCAGCGACAGUCCCAAACGCAUCCAGCUGAUCAACUGUGAUGACAUCAAGAUCUGGACCGACCAAACGCCCCAGGAAGUGGCGCCCCAAGGGCACGAGAAGAAGAUGCAGGAGGCACCCAAGGUGUCCUCGUCUGUGGGCAGUUAUCUGGGCAGUUUAUUUGGCUCGACGCCCCUGUACACCAGCUGGUUUCAGCGCGGCGUGGGCGAGGAUCUGAAUGCCUCUGGCGAUGGCGGUAUGCUGGACACCUUUCUGCCCGUCAACGGUCGCAAGCUGAAGAAGCAGCAAACGCUGUUCGAAGGCGUCAGCAUGCUGGACGAGGCAGCUGCGUCCACAACCGGCGGGACCUCGGCUCCCUGGGACAUUCAAGGUUCGGCCGGAGGGGGCAGUACCACCUCAACAACAGCCUCCAGUUCGGUGAGCAUCACGCCGGGCAGCGAUAAGAUCGACCAGCAGUCGCUGGCCUCGUUCCUGCAGAUGUCUCGGCAAACGCACAACAACACGCAGCUGGAGAAGGAAAACGCCCACUUUCGCAUCUCGGAGGCUUGCAUCACGGCCAUCGAGCACGUCAAGUGGAGCAGGCGGCUGGCCGGUCCAGCGGAUCCGGCGAACACGAAUCCCUCGGAGCCCAAUCUGAUGCCCUACGUGGAGCAGAUACCCGGCGAUGUGCAGAGCCACAGUGCCGAGGCGGUGGGCCUCCAGCUGAUAUCCCGCUUCAGCGAACAGCAGCUGCCGCGCUUGGGCCACCUCAAGUGGCUGGUCUCCGAGCAGGAGGCGCCGCAGCAACUGCUGCCCCUGCCCAUACCCAAGCACGAGGACCACGAGCAGGCCAGCCUGACCAGGGGCACUGCCAGCUGGGCGCCGCCGCGCCAGCAGAUCAUCUUCACCGAACAUCCCUCGGAGAAUCGUGCCAAGGUGCUGCAGAGGCAGAACCAUCGCUGUGCCGGCUGCGGUAUGCGGGUUGCGAAGCAUCUGCAACAGCACUUCCGCUACUGCACGUACCUGGGCAAGUACCUGUGCACCGGCUGCCACCGCAACCAGAUUUCCGCGAUCCCCGCCAGGAUCCUGCGCUCCUGGGACUUCCGCUGCUACCCCGUGUGCUCCUUUGCCUACCGCCUCAUCGAGCAGAUGUACGCCUUUCCGCUGUUCCACGUCCCGGAUCUGAAUGGCCAGCUGUACAAGCACAAGGAGUUGGCCAGGGCGAGGAGGAAGCGGCUGCAGCUGCGAGCGGUCAAGGGAUUCAUAGCCAACUGUCGCUUUGCCACGCGAGAGCAGGCGUUCUUCAAUGCCAUUCCGGCGCACCUCACCCAGGAUGCGGACAUGUGGUCCAUGUGCGAUUUCGUGGACGUCCAGAACACCAGCAUGAAUCGCUCCAUCAAGGAGGUGAUCGCUCUGAGCGAGCAGCACGUCCACAACUGCGUGCUCUGUACGGGUCGUGCCUUCCUUUGCGAGCACUGCAAGGGCGGCGAGCUCAUCUACCCGUGGCAGCGAAAAGUCCAGCGCUGCGAUCGCUGCGGUGCCUGUUUCCACAACGCUUGCUGGAAGACGAGCAGUCGGUGGCGCAGCCACGACGACCCGUGUCCCAGGUGCUCCCGUCUCCAGAAUCGCGCCAGCUAGCAUCCGAUCAAAGUGGAGUUGGAGAAGCAGCUCAAAAUUCGAAGGGUUGGCUAGGAAUUGGCGGGGAAAUUUUAGUGAAAUCAAUGUUCACCUUGGAAACUAUGAGGAUUCAUGGAUACUUGGUUAGGCGUGCUACUCUUUUCACUGAGAAAGGAAUUUUUCCUUAGCUAAUGGAUGUUGUGUAGGUCAAACAAAAGUUAAUUAUCGGAGAGGGUAUUGGUAUUUUUAAAGUCAGCCAUGAAUUCGAUCAGUCUCAAUUUUGAAUUUAAAGAUAACUUUUUGUAAAAAUAGCUUCCUAAAUAUUUGUUAUAUCUAUCCUCAUUACUCAAGCCCCUGAUUAUCGCAAGAAAGAACCUUUGCACUUGGCAAUAGCCACAUUUAAAUGUUAGAUUGGCAAUCAGUAGCCUCAGAAUUUGUCUUAAAAAAUAAGAAAAAGCGUACUAAUAUUUUAUACCUUUCAAAACACUCUCACCCACUGAUAAUAAGUGAAAAAGAAACAUAAAUUAUGAACAAAUCCCAAAGAAGCCCAAAAGAUAUAGUUUCCAAGGUCGAAUAAUAAAUUUCGCCCCUAGUGAUUACACAUACAUAUUUGCAUAAUAACUAUUAUUAUUUAUACGACUACUGUACAUAACCAUGUAAAUUACCAAAACUGUUACAAGAAUCGUUUACCUCGAGCGAAAGAUGAGACCCAUGUUGAUUUUAUACAUAUAUAACAACUGAGAUACGAAUAUUUAUUGCAUACUAUACAGUGUGAUUAAAGAUUUUAUUUUCCUAA